AUGUCAUCUAUACGAGUACAUACAGCUGUUUUAUUUACAUCGGCAAUAAUGAUUUUCAUCAAGGAUAGUGUAACACCAUUCAUGAGGAUUGGACCAAGGCAAAUUCCUGACUUUUUGACUUCUACGAAAUAUCGGUCUAGCAAAUUAGAGAAACGCUCUAGAUUUGUUAUGGAUUUAAUGCCGGGACAAGACAAACACAAUGUCGCUGAUCUACCUACCUUGGUAUGUACCUCAUACAUACCCCACUUCCACACAAAUAACAGGAGAUACUCGGACCGAGCAGGUAACUAUUACUAA